UCCGGGUGAGCUCUCAGCAGCUCAGUUUGGUGCCUCCUUCGUACUGGUAGGAGAAAGGCGAGCCUCUUACUCCUUUGGCUUGGAGGCGACGGGCGAGCAACGCAGGUGGUGUAGCGAUAGCGGCAGAAUAAAUUUUUGCUGCCAGGACCUUGGCGGCGGAGGAGAAGCGAACGGCCUACGGCUUCAGCGCUCAAUGGUCGCGGGCAGGCGGCAGGGCGGAACUGGGGAAGACGGACAAUAGCUACAGCUUUGUCGGAGGUGGAGGGACGCUCCCACCCAGCGUCAGGAUAUAGCACUGACUAUGGAUGAAAAGCUGAAAAAGGAUGAACUUGCAGGAACAGUUAAAUUCACGCCAUCAUUGUGCAAGCAACGCUACGAGUUCAUUAAACAGUUAGUGAGUAAACAUAAACCUAAAAAGGUGGCAGACUUGGGAUGUGCGGACUGUAGGCUGUUGUGGAUAUUGAAAUUCUGCAACUGCAUUGAAAUGCUUGUUGGAUUAGAUAUCAGUGAGGAUGUGAUGAAGGAAAAAAUGCAUGUGCUAUAUCCCCUUCCUGGUGACUAUCUUCAGCCAACUGAAAGACCACUGACUGUUAUCCUUCACCAGGGUUCAGUUGCUCAGAAAGAUCCCUGUAUGCUGGGCUUUGACAUGGUAACAUGUAUUGAAUUAAUAGAACACCUGGAAGCAAAAGAGUUGGAGAAAUUUCCAGAGGUGGUGUUUGGUUUUAUGUCUCCAGCCAUGAUUGUAAUUAGCACACCAAACUCAGAAUUUAAUCCUUUGCUUCCAACUGUAACAUUAUUCAGACAUCCAGACCAUAAAUUUGAAUGGGAUCAAGCACAAUUUCAGAAAUGGGCUCUUGCUGCUGCUGCUCGCUACGAUUAUACCGUAGAGUUCACUGGAUUAGGAGCCCCACCACCUGGAAAAGAUGUUGGAUUUUGUACACAAAUAGGUGUAUUUGUGAGAAAGUAUCAAAAGAAUGGAGAACCUGAGGCAGUUGAGAAAUGCAGUGAACAUGUUUAUAAAACUAUUUUCAAAGCAGUAUAUCCAAGCCUUAAAGAUGAGAAGUAUUUACAGACUGCAGUGGUCAAUGAAGUUGUGCGGACAUCAGAAACAAUUGCAAGAAGAUUACUGGAAAAUAGAAAAUCUAAAUCCAAAAAAGUGUGCGAUAGCGUUGAAACAGACCAUCCAUGUCUGAGAUCUUGUUUCUUGAGAUGUGUAGCAAGUCCUGCAUUAGCUGAAGCUGACAAUCCAGAUACAGAACCAUUCCUUAAUGGACAGACUGUCUAUAUACCUCUGGCAAAAAUCUUUUCUUUUCCCAAAGUGAAACAACUUUGUGGCACUGUUGAAACACUAAGCAAACUCAUCACUGGUAAAGUUGCACUGAGCAGUGAUGCAUCUGCGCUGCUGAUUGACAUAGAGUGUGAAAAUGAAGAGUGGGAGAAUGAGCAACUGCUUCCUGCGAGUGAACAGUGAAGAAAUCAGGCACUGAUUAUGCGCCUAAACUGAAUUAAUACCUGAAACAUGUUUUGUGACUACUUUACCAUGGGCUAGAAUUUCAAAUAGCCUCCUAAUUUAGUGUGAAUAAUGGAACAUCUUGUGGUGUGUUAACGCUCUCCCCUGCCCCAGUCUAAAAGCUGUACAAGCUUUCAGUGUAAAUGUCUGGUAACAGCAGAAUAAGAUAUUUGCUGUGAAUAAGAUGUUGUGCAGCACUUUAAAUAAUACAACAGGAGUGUGUUUUGAUAGUACCUUCCUGUGGUUUACUACUACCCAAUAGAAUAAUUUGUUUAGAAAAGGUAUUGAGUGAGGCUCAUUUCUCACACACAAACCUAUGAGGAACAUGACCUCCAUCAAACUAAGACCAACCCUCCUGUGUACAUUCGCAGUUACAAAACUUGGUCAUAUAGUCUAUUCUGUUGAGGGCUAUUACUUUCUGUUGAAACUAUGAACCAAACUGUUGCUUAUCCUGCAUAUGCAGAGGGUGGUUUCCUUCAUGCUGACUAUAGUUAAAGGCACAUUCUGUUUUGUGCAAGGGCUCAUAUUCUGCUCUCAUAUAUAAGUAUACGUGGCAAAUAACAAUGAUCAUGUCCUUUCUUUGUACCAGUGAAGUUUUCUUUACACAUGGAUUUUUCUGUGUUGGAAAAACAUUUGUCUGAAA